AUGGAUAGAGCGGCUGCCCUGCGAGCCGCCGGCAUGCUGGAGAGGAAGGAGCGGAGCGGCGGCGAGGCGGCGGCCCGGGCGGGCGCGGCGGGGCCGGCGCCGGCGGCGCGGAGCACGCUGCAGCAGUGCGGGCUGCUCCAGGACCUCAUCGACAUCUCGCUGUCCAACCUGCGCGGGCUGCGCACCAAGUGCGCCGCCUCCAACGACCUCACUCAGCAGGAGAUCCGCACCCUGGAGGUGAAACUGAUUGACUACAUUCACAGACAACGGCAGUGUAAGCUGAGUGUGCCCCAAAAUGACAGGACAGCAGAGCUCAACAGCUACCCAAGAUUCAACGACUGGUUAGACAUUGUCAAUGUGAGGAAAGAAGUUGUACAGAGAAUACCAGAGGAGCUAACCUUAGAUGCCUUACUAGAAAUGAAUGAGUCAAAGGUAAAGGAAACCAUGAAGAGAUGUGGUGCCAGAGAUGAUGAGUGCUCCAGACUCAAUGGGGCACUGAGCUGCUUAAGGAAGGUGACUGAAUCAGGGGGGGAGUUAAAAGACGAUGUGCUGAUGAAUCUACCAGAGGCAAGCCGAGAGAGCAGCUCUACAAACCCGACAGAACCCCCCUGCUCCUCUGCACCCACGUGGACUCCCACUGCAUUGCACCUUCCCAAGGGUACCAGCCAGCAGGCACGUUCUGCAUCAGUAUCCACAGUCCCAUCUUCAGAUUCUCUUACUUCGAAUCACGGACCCUCUGUCUAUGCAGAUAACCUCCUGGACCCUUUUGCCUUCCCUGCACACAGUGGAAGGUUAACACCAAGGACUCCUCAUAGCAUCACCAUCACUCCACCAACCACUCCUCAAGCCAAGAGACGACAUAAGUUGAAGCCACCACGGACUCCUCCUCCCCCUUGCCGGAAGGUUUUUCAGCUGCUACCUAAUUUUCCAACCCUCACAAGGAGCAAGUCCCAUGAAUCACAGUUGGGAAACAGGAUAGAUGAAAUUCCUCCAAUAAAGUUCGAACUCUCCCACGGAUCCCCUCAAAUGGUACGGAGAGACUUUGGCUUAGCUGUAACACACAGGUUCUCUACAAAGUCUUGGUUAUCUCAGAUUUGCCAAGUCUGUCAGAAAAGCAUGAUGUUCGGGGUGAAGUGUAAAUACUGCAGGUUAAAAUGUCAUAACAAAUGCACUAAAGAGGCACCUGCUUGUAGAAUAUCCUUCCUUCCCAUAACAAAAAUAAGGAGGACAGAGUCAGUCCCUUCUGAUAUCAAUAACCCAGUAGACAGACCAACAGAGCCGCAGUUUGGAACUCUUCCCAAAGCACUAACUAAAAAGGAGCAUCCACCAGCAAUAAAUCAUCUGGACUCCAGCAGUAACCCUUCUUCUACAACCUCUUCCACACCAUCUUCCCCAGCACCUUUUCAGUCUUCCAACCCUCCAAGUGCAACACCUCCCCCAAACCCAUCUCCCAUGGGCCAGAGGGAUGGACGGUUUAACUUCCCAGCUGCCUACUACAUUCAGCAUAGACAACAAUUUAUAUUCCCAGAAAUUCCCAGUCUUGCACAAGUAGCACAGCAUCCCGAAGCAGCUGAAAAUGCUAAUGCUGAUGAUCAGCCAGACACAGAUGGAGUUCAUUGUGAAGCAGAGGUGGAAGAACCAGAGACAAAUAAAUCAGAACCUGAAGAUGAUGAGGAUGAGGUGGAAGACUUGCCAAACAGACGGCCACACUUGCAAGGGAUGAUCUAUCGCAAACCCAGCCAGACCAGUGUCUACCUGCAAGAGUGGGACAUUCCCUUUGAGCAGAUUGAGCUGGGGGAUCCUAUUGGCCAAGGACGAUGGGGGAAGGUUUACAAAGGAAAAUGGCAUGGGGAAGUGGCAAUCAGGCUGUUGGAGAUAGAUGGGAACAAUCAGGAUCAUCUCAAGCUCUUUAAAAAGGAAGUGAUGAACUACAGACAGACUCGACAUGAGAACGUGGUACUUUUCAUGGGAGCAUGCAUGAACCCUCCUCAUUUAGCAAUCAUUACCAGCUUCUGCAAAGGAAGGACCCUCCAUUCAUUUGUAAGGGAUCCCAAGAUAUCCUUGGAUAUUAACAAAACCAGGCAGAUAGCACAGGAGAUCAUUAAGGGCAUGGGGUAUCUUCAUGCAAAGGGGAUUGUACAUAAGGAUCUGAAAUCCAAGAAUGUUUUCUAUGACAACGGGAAAGUUGUGAUCACUGACUUUGGAUUAUUUGGAAUUUCGGGUGUGGUUCAGGAAGGGAGGAGGGAGAACGAAUUGAAGCUGCCUCAUGACUGGUUAUGCUACCUAGCCCCUGAAAUCGUUCGUGAGAUGGCCCCUGGGAAAGAUGAAGACAAGCUGCCUUUCUCCAAAGCUGCAGACGUCUAUGCUUUUGGGACUGUGUGGUAUGAGCUCCAAGCAAGAGAAUGGCCUUUCAAAAACCAGCCUGCAGAGGCACUUAUCUGGCAAAUCGGGAGUGGUGAAGGAGUGAAACAAGUCCUUUCAACAGUUAGUUUGGGGAAAGAAGUCAAUGAAAUUCUGUCAGCGUGUUGGUCAUUUGAUCUCAGUGAGAGACCAAGCUUCACUGUCCUUAUGGAUAUGCUUGAAAAACUGCCAAAAUUGAAUCGCCGGCUCUCCCACCCAGGGCACUUCUGGAAAUCUGCAGACAUUAACAGUAGCAAAGUUGUCCUGCGUUUUGAAAGAUUUGGCUUGGGAAUCCUGGAACCAAGUAAUCAAAAGAUAUAGCAUGGUGUGUAAAUGUCUUGUGAUAAUGUUGUCUACCUACUACGACCACAAAGCAUCAGAAGUCUUCACAGAAUCUUCCAAGCUAUGAAACUGGUGCAGCCACACCUGAAAGCCACACAACCAUCAAUUCAGUCCUGUGUUGUUUGCAAACUCUGAAUUCUGCCUGAGCACCAGCAGCUACUUAAAAAUGUUUACAUUAUGCUUGUGUGAACUCUAUUUUUUUAAGCAUAAUAAAAGGCAAAUCAAGUUUAACUGCAGCCAUUCAAACAGCACUGAAAAAAGAACUUUCUAAUUUCUUGUUGUAUCUAUGGUAUAAAUAGGAGCUAUCUUCUGCCUCCAAA